AUGGAAGCUGGCAAGAACAGCAAGAACAACCACCAUAGCCGCAGUAACAACUACAACUCCAAUUGGGUUGAUGCAUAUUGUGGUUGUGGGGAAAAAGCCCCAUUGAGGACUUCAAAUACGUAUGCCAACCCUGGAAGGAGAUUCUUGGGGUGUAUCAACUACGAGGAGACAAAUGCAUGCAAAUUUUUCAUAUGGGUUGAUCCUCCUACUUGCGCUAGAGGACUAGAUUACAGUAGACACUUGCAGGAAAAGAUCAAAGAGCUGGAAAAAAAGGAAGACAAACUGGAGAGGCUGAAUGAAGUUAUGGAAAAGGACCUGGAAAAGAUGAUGAAGAAGAUGGACAAGCUGAUGCGAAUUAACAAUGAAUUGAAGAAGAAAAAUGAAGUGAUGUGGAAAUGCAAUGUGCUGGGCAUGGUAGUUAUAGGUGUACUUUUGGUACUUUGGUUGGCUAAUUGGAAACACACCUAUGGUGGGAUGUUGUACCUGCCAUGAACUUGUGGAAGAUGUAAUCACCCUAAUGCAAUGAAAUAUGUGCUU